ACAAUGAGCAAACGACACAUAUAGAUGUUCAAAAAUCUAAUUUAACUAUGUUGAUUGUUUGUUUCCAAAGAACAUGGCAGGCCUCCAUUUCUAUGUGCCCAAUCAAGUACUGAAAUUAGUUCCUGUUCCCAAUUAUCACAAUACUAAACCCGUAACCAAUCACUCCUUACCCUCUUUUUCAUCCAGCAAAACGACCACAAAGCUCACUUCUAGGGUUUAUUAUCGCAAUCGAGGAGGAUUCGUAAGAGCUUCUUCAGAAACAAUGGCCACUGAGAAAUUAGGAAUUAAGAUCGUCAAGAACCCGCCGGAAUCAAAGCUCGCUGAUCUCGGUGUUAGGUCUUGGCCCAAGUGGGGAUGCCCUCCGAGCAAAUUUCCAUGGACGUACUCGUCGAAAGAGACAUGCUACCUUCUGAAAGGGAAGGUGAAGGUUUACCCCGAAGGCUCCGAUGAGGCCGUGGAGAUCGGCGCCGGUGACUUGGUCGAGUUCCCCAAGGGUAUGAACUGCACUUGGGAUGUUUCAGAAACCGUGGACAAACAUUACCAGUUUGAGUAACAUCUCGGAUUCAUUCAAGUCAUUCUACUCGUUAUGUUAUUUAUGAAUUUUUGUUUUGUUUUAUGGAUUAAAUUUUGUAAAAAAAAAAAACAAAACAAAACAGCUAAUCAGCCUACUCUUAUUACUACAGGCGUUGCCAAAAUCAUCCAAAGGACAUUAUGAUUUUCUUUGUUGA